AUGGAAAUAAUCCUAGAUUUGCCUGAUGCUAAUCUACAAGAAGAAAACAUUUCUCAAAGGUCAACUUGUGCAAAAAGGAAUGGGUUAUCCAAAAAAAGAAGAACAUCGCAGAAGCAGAGUAAAAAGCAGUGCUCAAAAAUGCUUUCAGAAUCUGAAUUGAAGGAAGAAAGGAAAGAAGGGAGGAAGGGAAGGAGGAGCGCCACCGAUCCUCCUCCUUUCCUUCCACCUGGCACAUAG